CCUUCCCUGGAAUAACAGCAGUUUCCUUCUGCAAUGAGUUGCUCCUUUAUCAUAGCAAUAGACUUUGGGACAGCAUUUAGCGGAUAUGCCUUUAAUAUCAGUCCCAGAGGGAAAGAAAGUGGACCUUACUUAAAAAGAUGGGGUAAAGAGUAUGGAUUCGACACCCCAAAGACUCCAACCUGCAUUUUGUUUAAUGAAGAUAAAACAUUUCUUAGUUUUGGUUAUGAAGCCCAAAUGAAAUUCAAGGACAUGAGGGGAGAAGAAGCAAAGAAAUAUUAUUUAUUUCAAGACUUCAAGAUGACUCUCUACAACAAAACACUCAGCAAUGAUCUGAAGAUUGAAGAUGCCAGCGGUAAAUCUAUGGAGGCACUAAAAGUUUUCUCAGAGUCCCUGAGAUUCUUGAAGGAUGAUGCUCUAAAAACCAUCAGUUACAACAUGAGGGGGAGGAAUUUCAAGGCCUCUGACUUCACCUGGGUCCUGACUGUUCCUGCCAUCUGGGAUCCUUCAGCUAAACAGUUCAUGAGAGAAGCUGCAAAACAGGCAGGUAUAGCAACAAAAGGAGGGGAGGAGAAACUGAUUAUUGCUCUGGAGCCAGAAGCUGCUUCUAUCUGGUGUAAGAAGCUUCCACCAGACAAAUUCAUCUUAAAGAACCAGAGUAGAGAGUCACUGGAUCAGUCUCCAGGGACUCGGUACAUUGUUGUGGACUGUGGAGGAGGAACUAUUGACAUCACUGUCCAUGAAGUCCAGAAUGGAGGAGCCCUGAAGGAGCUGCACAAGGUCUCUGGAAACAAUCUAGGAGGACAAACUGUGGACAGAAAAUUUAAACAUUUUUUAAGAGAAAUACUCCCUGAUGGAGUCUGGGAUGAAUUUCAACUAAACUCUCCCAGUUCAGCUCAGAGAAUCAUGUAUGAUUUCACUCGUCUCAAAGAAGCAGAUACAGAUAUUCAGAUCAGCUGCCCAUUUAAACUUGUGUCAUUGGCUAAAGAAAAGUCAGGAACAGAAAACUUCAUUAAGUCAGACCUCGGUGCUUCCUGGGAUGGUGAUUACAUCAAAAUAUCGCAAGAUAGACUGAGGUCUUUCUUUGAAGAAAGUCUGAAAGGCAUCACCCAUAAUCUGAGAGAAAUCUUUAACUCUGUUCUCAACAUUAAUUACAUUCUGUUGGUGGGGGGGUUUGCUCAGAGUAAAAUACUGCAGCAGCACAUUAUUGAUCAGUUUGGACGUCAGUGUGAAUUUCUGUGUCCUUUCAGAGCCCAGGAAGCGAUUGUGAGGGGAGCUGUAGAGUUUGGUAGAAACCCACAGGUUGUUGUUUCUCGUAAAAGUUCCUUUACUUAUGGAUUUGCUGCUUGUGAGAAGUUUGAUAAGAGGAAACACAGGGAGGAAAAAAAAUUUACAGCAGGAGGCGUGGAAUACAGUAGAGAUAUUUUCAAUAAAAUGGUGGAAGAAGGUGAGGAUGUUGGAUCAGAGGAAACCAGAGAGUUCCUUUGUUCUCCAGCUAAAGCAGAUCAGAGAAACAUGACAAUGAGAUUUUACUGCUCAUUUAGAAAAGAUCUAGUUUAUGUAGAUGACUGGGGAGUGGAUGAGGUUGGUUCAUUCAGUGUAGACAUCUCUACAGGGGGUAAAGUCAGGCUAGAAAUAAUGUUUGGCUCAACAGAGAUAACAGCUACAGGAACCAACCUGAUUAGUCGAGAGAAACAAACAGUCAAAAUAGACUUCAUGACCACAGACAGAGAAUGUGUCGUUGAUGAGGCAGAUGAUGAAAACAGUGACGGAUCCAGUACUGCAUCAAAAGAAUUUUUAUUAGAGGGUGAUUAAACACCUUGAAGAACAUGUUCCUUUUCCAUGAACUUCAAAUGUGGCCAAGAACUUUAGAAACUGAAUCAAAGUUAAAUCAGUUAAAGCAUUUUAAAAUAAAAGUACUUAAAAAAAAAAAGUAACAUGGGAGCUGGCUCGUAGCUCGUCUGCCUGGCUGUGUGUUUCCUGAACGGGGCCGCCUGUGGAGCUGGUUGACAGUUGCCUUUUGUAUCUAUGCUUUGUAUCUAUGAGGAACACAAUGGGAACUUUAUUUUUCUAGGGUUUUCUAGGUUUCUUCUUGCUUGAUAUUCCUUAGUUAAUGUUCAUAGCUGGGGGUUGUUUAUUGAUAGUGUAGCCUUUGUGAUAUUUUAUGAUGCAGAAGAGGGUUUUUUGUUUCUCAGGUCCUUUUUCUUUACUGUUUUACAUUUUCAUUUUAUUUAAUCUCUACAUUACAACUACAACAGAAAUAAUUUCAGAUUGUAGCCAUAAGUCCCAUUGCUAAUAUGUACUGAUUCUAAAGGAUAAGUUACCUGCAGAGCUACAUGAUGAAAAAAAAUUACAGUAUUUAGUCUCUCUGAUUUAGUAAAUGGCAUAAAUAGGUAUUGGUGCUCUGAUGAACUGACUAUAACCUGCAUUUAGCUGUAUAUGUAAUUAUUUUGCACCAUAAUUUACAAAUAAAUUC